AUGGAUGAGGAAAGCUGUGGCAAUUCCCCGGAAAACCUGCCUGUCGAACAAUCUGGAAACGAGGCGACAACUGAGGAAACAUUGCUAGAUGAAGACAGGGAAAUUUGCAGUGAAGACUUCAUACUUGAGAAGGAUAAGUUAAAACCUACAGGUGACAAACCCUUCAGGUGUGACCAGUGCGACUAUUCUGCCAGAUGUAAAAGUCAUUUAGACGAGCACCUCUAUACGCACUCCGGUGAGAAACCUUACCAGUGUAGCCAUUGCGACCACAGAACAGCUUAUAAAUCUGCUCUAGCUCGACAUAUGAGAAGGAAACAUGCUGGCGAAAAAGUUCUCAAUCAUUCUACAAGCGAAACAGGAGACAAAGAGGACAGGACAACAACUAUGGAAGAGCAAAGGGACAAGGAAACACCCUAUCAGGAAACCUGUGCUGAAAACUUCACCCUUGAAAUGGAAAAACCGAGAAAUGCAGAUGGAAAACCCUACAAGUGCCCCCACUAUAGAGCAACAUACGGGCCUAGUACGUAUCAGGCAAUUCAGAAAAAAGAAAAGCAUCACAGACGAAGAGACUGCGGAUGUGGAAACGGAGCCGAGCAAGGAAAGAAAGACAUCCUGGGAGGAAACAUGCAGUGA